AUGUCGGAAGAAGAACAAGUAACUAUUGUCGCAUCGGCGGUCGUUGUUCCCCACAACGAUGAUAUGGACAGAUCACCUCCCCCAAAACUCCUUGCCAAACGCAGGCAAUCCACCGCGUCCCCAGAGUCCUCCAAAAGGGCACGUUUUAACCACAAAGACCACAGCAGUAACGGAAGGGAGUUACACUACCCCUCAGUGGAUGACGGUGAAGAUGUGGCGGAGAGAGGGGGGAGGAAUAGCAGAUUAAAAGCUGAAGAAUCAGAAGAUGAGAGCUCACGGCCCAGCAGACGACCAUCAGCCGGAAAGGCUGCAGCCGGGAACGAGGAGGAGCGCCGACGUGGGAAACGGCUUUUCGGAGCCCUCCUAGGGACCAUUGGCAAGUUCAAGCAGGAUUCCUCAUCGGCUAGAGCCCGUAACAGCGCGGUGAAGCGUCGCGAGGUUGAAGCGAAACUGCAGGAGAAACUGAAGCAGCAAACCAACGAGAUUGACGAGCGCCGGAAGAAAGAGGACCAGAAUGUCAAUCUACGCAGGCGCAUGGAACAGAGGGGGUUUGACGAACGUGCUAUGCAAAUACGUCACAACAAUGAACUUGCCCAGGCCCACAUUCUACAAACAAGCGCGCAACCAAAACUAUUCUACCUUCCAUGGAAAUUGCUACCCGAAGAAGAGGAACGUAUCAAAGUCCAGAUAGAAGAGGCAGAAGACUCGAUUGCACAAGAGCAGCGUAAAUUCCAGCUGCGUCGCGAGCGAGAGGAGGAGGAAGAGCAACUUAAUGGCGGGGCUAAUAACCUUAACGAGCCCGGCUUAGCCAUUGACCCCCACCAUGAAGAUGAUGAUUCACCAAUGAUAGACGAUAAUGAUCAUGCAACGGAAGUAAAUAUCAGGCGUCACGAUGAUGGCGAUCAUACUAACCUUGACCAUGCGCCUGUACACGAUGAGAUUGACAACACUAGAAGACAAUCCGAUAUCGGGGAUGUGGGGGAAAUCGUCGAAGCUGGGGAGGACACGGUGAUAUAUUAA